AUGAUAAUAUACCAAACUCGUCUUCUUCUCUUCGGCCUUGUGGCCUCGGUUGCCGUUGCUAUACCUCGAGCCCGUCUAGCUCCUUUACCUACCGGCCCCCAAUCGAGCGUCGAUUUGCACAAGGUCCAGCUUAUCUCCGAUAUAGCUAUAGGACCCCAAUCUCUCCCUGUCACUCAGAUUGCUCCGCAGGAUAGGAAAGUCGAGCCUAGGCUACCGUUCCUUAGUAACGAUUUGCAGAAGCGAGAUGAUACCCUGCUUAAAUUCGAUCUUGACGUUUCGAGAGCGGAAGCAAAGGAGUACUCGACAUUCAUCGAAGACUUCCGUACGGCAAUUAAGAACGAAAAUCCUACUGUCGCCGGCCACAUUCCCGUACUCCCUUCGGGGGAUAAGAGCUGCUUCGAGGUUAAGCUAUAUAGCGCCAAUGGACCAAUAGUUACGCUAAGGCUUCAGAAGAAUAACCUCUACUUAGUUGGCUAUGGGGUGGAGAUGGGUAAUAGCGAGACAUGGUUUCGCUUCCAGAACGAAGCCGGGAAGGGCCUUGGUGAUACUGACUUAAGAUUUACUGGCGACUACCCCCAACUCGAGAAGUAUGGAGCUGAUAUUAAUCGCAAUGGGCAGGAGUAUUAUAGAACGUCUAAGCUUCUUACUCAGGCCGACCUCCAGAAUGCUGUUAUGGAAUUAUCCAAAGGAAGCCUAAAGGAUAAGUCCAAACUCGCUAGGUCAUUGCUUGUUAUUAUCGAGAUGGUACCCGAAUCUAUCCGAUGUAAAGCGGUUACGAAGUAUAUUGAGAAUGUAUGGGAUGGGUAUGAAAUGUCAAACAGAAUUAUAAAGAUGCGAAACCAAGUCGCCGAUCUAGAGACUAAUUGGGAUUCAAUAUCGGCCGCGGUAACCGAUCCUACACGCGAUAGAAAAAGCCUUAUCGCUAAGUUUGGUGCUGGAUUCAACCCGGAAAAGGUGCUCGGCGUAGCGAAAAGCCAGGACAGUUUUUAUAAAGCUGGAAUUGGUAGGGAUAGUAAGAACAAAGGUAACUGCAAACGCGGCAUGGGAUCUUGUAUUGCCAGGAAGCAGUCGAAGCAGGAGCAAGCGCAGGCGACCGAGGAGCACGUACAGUCAACAGUGAAGCAAGCGCAGUCGAACAGCAACAGCAAGAGCAAUAACAACCAAGCUGACGCUUUUUCUAAAACCGGCACUAUGUACAGGGGAGAAGGUACUCGUGUAAAAGUAAGCGGCUUGAAUAAUAUAUGCAAACGUCGUGGCGGCAUUGGCGUUGGCUCAGGCCACAGCUCGGGCCAUGGCAGCGCAGGCCACGGCGCAGGCCAUAGCGCAGGUCACGUAGGCGGCGGUAGGAGAGUUCAAGGUAAGGCUAACACGGUAAGCCAAAGGUUCAAAGACCAAAGAUUUCGAGACCAUUUUAUGUGCAAUGGCAUACCCGAAAUUGGCGAUCACCAACUUGAAGAGGGUGCGGAAACUAUCGUUGACAACCUCAAGCCCAAGACAGGACAGGAGGGUUCUACUGGCAAUGCUACUACAACUUUCGUUGCGACUACUAACUCCCAAGGUACGAAUACAUCCCUGUCAUUAAGUGGCCAAUGGACAAUAGACUUUUUUAUAUGUUUCUUGCGUCCGGAGGAUUUUGCAUUCCGAGACCAAGUCUUCUUUUCCGGCAAGAGGACAAUGCGAGAAGCCUCUGGACAGCUAGUCAUAUGCGACAAGUCAAUUCGUUCCAAUUGUUACUACCCUACUGCUCUGCAAGGCUGGACUCCAAAAGUAGCGAUACGCGUAAACAGGGAUACGACCGGAGGCCAGAAUACUACUCUAGAAACGGGAUCCGAGGAUACGAUAAACAUCCAUAGCAACGAACUUGCUACUAUUGUCCGUCCGGAAACUUUUGUAGAAAAGUUGGAGCAAGACAAGUCAGCAUUCCGACUAGAGUCUGGACAACUGGUUAUCUGCAAUAACAAAGGGAAAAACUGUUCCGCUGCCCACUCAGACGACGCUUUUAUUGAGGAAGGCGUGAAGAGCAACCUUGCGACUGUCGUACCGCCGGAGUCGUUUGUUUUCGGUUUAGAGAAGGGAAAGGUAGCGUUUCGGCAACCGUCUGGACAGCUGGUUAUAUGCAACGAACAGUUCCAAGCUUGCUUUGCUCCAAGCGUAGGAGAUGGCCGGCCUUCCUCUGGAGCUACAGAAGUAGUCCGUCCUUCCUCCGAAGCGACGGACAGAGGUCAUCUAUCCUCUGAAGCCACAGAAAAAGAACGUCAUUCCUCAUAA